AUGGAUGCAAACCAACAAGAAAAUAAAAUCGAGAAACGCGAGGAUAAGAUCCCUCCGUUUAAGUGUCCUAUUACGUACAUCAAUGAAUUGCCCGAUCCUAUAAUUAACUGCAAGUUUUUGCCAUGUGGUAAAAGUUUGAUGGACUAUAGCGAGGACCCUAUUAGCUUUCCACAGCUGGAAGCGCAGUUUAACUAUAACUUUAAGGGUCUUCAUACCAUGUUCGAUGUCGAUCUGAUCAAUCCGAAUUGCUAUACCAAGGUCCCUGGAGAGCAAACUGAAAUGGGUCCCAAAGACGUUGCCUUGUUCACUGACAUUGAGGAGCAGCUUACUAACAAUUCCAAAGUGAAGGGUUCGUAUAACUUUCCCAUACAGGCUCAAGAAUUCUGCGAACUAUUUGCCAAGAAGCGUUCCACAGUGCCACGCCUACAUCUAGAGCCCAAGUCUGAGGAACUGGAUCUGGACUCACUCAGCGUGGAGCAGCAGAUACAGAUUGUAGAGCAAACAUUUGUGGACAUAGACAGGCCACUGGGUGCCCAUCCCACCAAGUCGAACAGCUCUGUUCGGCCAGUCGCACAGCUGCCAGUGUUUCCAGAAUCCAUACAGCAGGAGCUAGUACAGGCGAAUUUUGCUAUACCGCCCGUUGGUAAUACCAAUAGCAUACUCAAGGAUUGUGGAUGUUACUAUAUUAACUUUAAGCAAAAUCCGGAGCCUGUCUUUCAAAGGAUUAAUCAAAAAUAUGGUAAAACUCUAAACGCCUUUCUUUCCGAACAGCGCUUCAAGGAGGAACCAAUAUCAGAACUCGACCAACUGAACGAGAGAUUCAUAUUGCGUGAGAAGGAUGGCAGCCUUUACUAUCAAACUGUUAGCCAGUAUAUCAAGUUGCGCACCGAGAUAGAAAAACGAUAUUGUUUAUCUUAUCUCUCACUACUGGUGCAGCGCAAUACGGACAAACCGAGAAAACCAGAGAAAACGUCCGCGUCAUUGGUGCAACCUUGA